AACGCUGAAUUUAAUCGCCCAAACCGGGCUUUAGGACUUGGUUCAGUUUUUCUUAAAUAUAUGUCAGACUGUGUGUAAAAGCAGCUAAGCAAAAAACAAAUAGAUUUAUUCUUCCUAUAUUUAACCUAACCAUUAAAGCAUGGGGGAACAACCAAUAUUCUCUUGCAAUGCUCAUGUAUUCCAUAUCGACCCAAAAACAAAAAGGACAUGGAUUACAGCUAGCUCUAAAGCUAUAUCUGUAAGCUUUUUCUAUGACUCUUCCAGGAAUCUCUACCGCAUCAUUAGUGUAGAAGGAAGUAAGGCGGUGAUCAACUCAACAAUAACACCUAAUAUGACUUUUACCCAGACAUCACAAAAGUUCGGUCAAUGGAGUGACGUACGAGCGAAUACCGUCUACGGCCUGGGAUUUUCGUCGGAAGCUGAGCUAGGGAAGUUUAUAGAGAAAUUCCAGGAAGUAAAAGAGGCUACAAAAAAUGCACUUAACAAGGCUUCUGCUAAUGAAAAUUCAACAGUUACUUCCGCAAAUGCAUCCCCUGUUACAGCACGUUCUUCAAUGUCAAACAGUGACAGCUUCGACCCCAACAACGUUGAUGUUCCGAUUCCCGCAACUGGUAAUGUUUCCUCGAAUAUCAACACUGAGAGUCCUUCCCAUCCUACUAUCAAUGAUGCUCUCAUCAAUACGAAUCCUCUCAGUAUCGAACUUAAACAGACAUCUAUAAACUCAUCAUCUAGCGAUGGCAUGACACCUUCUUCUGCAGAACAACAACUCAAAUAUGAAAACGAACGGUUAAAGCUGGCUCUUGCUCAAAGAGUUUUGAUCGAAUUUUUGACCCAGGGGAUCAAGGAAUGGACCUCUGAAAAAUCCAAUACAUCCUUAAAAUUGGUAAAUUCAUUAAACUGGCUCUAGAUCUUAGCAAUAGCGGUACCGGUGGUGUAAUGGUAAGCGUGAUUUCCUCUCCCAAGUAACAAAUCUAGAGCUGCUUGGCUAUAUUGAAAAUUUAUAAAGGUUUUAUUGCAGCUGCAACCAUUACCUACA